GGUGACUUCAACUGAACAAUGGUUAACAUGAGCUAUCACCAAUCUCAACAAAAAUACACACAUACCCCGAAUCCACGACAGUUGAGAAGACGACAUAAUAAAAGAAAAAGGAAUUUCUGGGAUAAAAUAUCACCGACAACCCACAACCAUACUUGAUUAAGAAGAAACACUUUUAAGGUCUGGUGUGCUAGGUGUGGGAGCGUAUCGAAUCGUGUCUGUGCGUAGUGGCUGAUUGGUGAGAUGACUGCGGAGUGGCUGUACCCCCCUGGCGUGGGGCCGCUGUGUGGUGCAGAGUUGGAGGCGUGGUAUGAGGACCUGCAGGAUAUACUGGGCUCCGAUGCAGGUGGGGCCAAGCACACACGCGCCCCGCCCUGCGCCGAGAAGGAGCCGGAGUUCCUGGACGUUUUGGAAAGCUGCUCCCUCACCUGGCUGACGGAAGGGCAGGUGUGGGGGGAGGGGGUGCAGCGUGUGAUGGAGGAGCACCCACCGCCACUCCCCAGCCAACCCCCGGCCGCCUGCCUCAGCCCCCCGCUGCAGGAGGAGAGGCGCGGGGCAGGGGAGGCGGGGAGCUCCAGUGGUGGAGACCUGCUGCCCCCGGAGUUCUUCGAGCUCCUGAGCGAAGGAGGAGUGGGUCUGGUGGAGACCGGUGCGGUCAUGGUCACGGGCGGCUACCACCACCACCACCACCACCACCCCCCGCACCCCUCACCUGCCUCCCCGGCUGCCAGCGAGGAAGAGCUGCCCACUGUACCGGACUCGUCCUCGUGCUCCUCGUCCUCAGCCUCUCAGUCGCCUUCCCUCAACUGCUCGCCUCCCUCGUCCCCUCCCCUCUCCCCGCCGGCCUCCGCCUCAUCACGCCUGGGCAAGCGGAAAAGGGGGAGUACGCUCAGUUCACCUUCCUCGGGGAAGAAGAGCCGCAAGGAACGGGAGCAGGAGAACGAGAGGAAGGUGCAGGAGCUGACCGACCAGAACGAGCGGCUCAAGGCUGAAAUUGAGCGGCUCGGGGAGGAGGUCCAGCGGACGCGCCGGGCACUCAUUGAGAGGCUCGUCAACACCAGGAAGUGAGGACUGCUGGAAUGGGGGAGGGGGGGUGAGAUGGAGGACGAGUGAGAGAGAGUGAGAGUGAGUGAGUGGUUGGGGAAAAAAAGCAAGGAAUAUGUAUAAAAAAAGAAUGGAGUGGUAACCAUGAAAUGUACAAUUAGAGGGAAGCGAGAGGAAAUGACAGGUGGGAACUGGGGGAGAAAGGAUUUCAGUAAGAAUCUCCCCCAAGAAUGGAAAGAAAGAGGGAGAGAGACAGAGUGAGAGAGAGAGAGAGAGAGAGAGAGAGAGAGAAAAAAAGCAUGAUGAAGUCCGAUUUAGCCAUAGGAAGAAAUAUGGACCCUGCAUUUGGAGGUAAUACUGUAAGAGAAAGUCUCAAUAAAUGGGAACCUUUUUUAUAAUGUAAUAUUCAUUUUGCAACACAGACAUCUGGCUGUGGGUUUAUCAUCUCUUCUUAACAAGCACAAAACCCACAACACAUUGAACUCAUGAGAACUAUAGAAUAUUGUGUAAUAGGAGUGUUUAUAAAAUGGUAAUAGACUCCUGGGGUCGGUAUAACUGGCAAAUACUUAGUACAGCUGAGGCACUGCUCAGCCUCUAAAAAAUAAGUGCCGUGUGUUUGUCCGUUUGCCCUCAAGAUUUGCGGAAGUGUAAAAUGGUUAAGCAAGGAUUCUAGGUGCAUUUCAUCGUGAUCCAUUUACAGAUGUAGUUCAACAUUAUCCUUUUAUCAUUGAUACUUAAAGGGCUUAUAUACACAUACUAUAAACAUUAUAAAGCCACACAUAGUUCACGCAUAGAUUAAUAGCUCAGGACUGUUUUUUAGAGCGUUUGCAUUAUCUUUUCUUUUUCCCCCUUCUGAUGCUCAGCUAAAGCCAAGGCCUCUAAGUGUGUAUGUUUGGAUGUUUGGAGAAAAAGUAGAAAUGUGGUCGGAUGUAAUAAGCUUUGUUGUAACUGAUUUUCUUAAACUUUUUCUUCUUUUUUAAUUGUUAAUAGAAUUAGCUGUAUUACAAUGUGCAGUAAACUUUGAACCACACUUAUUUUUCUAUUGUAUUUAUCUAUGUAAUCAAUCAUUACGUAUAAUCAUGUCAUACUGUAGCACGUCGUAUUGUGUAAUAAUUAAAAUAUGCAUGCAUGAUAAAUGGCUGUAUUUGCAUAGUAAACAUUUGUUAGUACUUCAUUUUGUCUAUGCUUAUUGUAUUGGACAAUUUUACUAAUAAAAUUUGAAACCAAA